CGCACCAUGGCACGAGUCGCCUUGCCCGCGCUUCUUUGCACCCUCGCUGUGCUGAGCGCCACUCUCCUGGCUGCCGAGCUCAAGUCGAAAAGUUGCUCGGAAGUGCGACGUCUCUACGUGGCCAAGGGCUUCAACAAGAACGAUGCCCCCCUCCACGAGAUCAACGGUGAUCAUCUGAAGAUCUGUCCCCAGGGCUAUACCUGUUGCUCUCAAGAGAUGGAGGAGAAGUACAGCCUGCAAAGUAAAGAUGAUUUCAAAAGUGUGGUCAGUGAGCAGUGCAACCAUUUGCAGGCUAUCUUUGCUUCCCGGUACAAGAAGUUUGAUGAAUUUUUCAAAGAACUCCUUGAAAAUGCAGAGAAAUCUCUGAAUGAUAUGUUUGUGAAGACCUAUGGCCACUUAUACACGCAGAAUGCAGAGCUCUUUAAAGAUCUGUUCGUGGAGUUGAAGCGUUACUACGUGGCGGGGAACGUGAACCUGGAGGAAAUGCUCAAUGACUUCUGGGCUCGCCUUCUGGAGCGCAUGUUCCGCCUGGUGAAUUCUCAGUACCACUUCACCGAUGAGUAUCUGGAAUGUGUGAGCAAGUACACGGAGCAGCUGAAGCCCUUUGGGGAUGUCCCCCGGAAAUUAAAGCUUCAGGUCACUCGUGCUUUCGUAGCAGCCCGUACUUUUGCUCAAGGCUUAGCUGUGGCGAGAGAUGUCGUGGGCAAAGUCUCUGUGGUGAACCCCACAGCCCAGUGUACCCAGGCACUCUUGAAGAUGAUCUAUUGUUCCCACUGCCGGGGGCUCGUGACUGUGAAACCUUGUUACAACUACUGCUCGAACAUCAUGAGAGGCUGUUUGGCGAACCAAGGGGAUCUUGAUUUCGAAUGGAACAACUUCAUAGAUGCCAUGCUGAUGGUGGCAGAGAGGCUCGAGGGUCCUUUCAACAUUGAGUCGGUCAUGGAUCCUAUCGAUGUGAAGAUCUCUGAUGCGAUCAUGAACAUGCAAGACAAUAGCGUGCAAGUGUCCCAGAAGGUUUUCCAGGGCUGUGGACCCCCAAAGCCCCUCCCAGCUGGACGGAUUUCUCGUUCCAUCUCCGAAAGUGCCUUCAGUGCCCGCUUCAGACCUUAUCAUCCAGAGCAACGUCCGACCACAGCAGCUGGCACUAGUCUGGAUCGACUGGUCACUGAUGUCAAGGAGAAACUGAAACAGGCCAAGAAGUUCUGGUCGUCUCUCCCUAGCAGCGUGUGUAAUGAUGAGAGGAUGGCUGCAGGAAAUGGCAAUGAGGAUGAUUGCUGGAACGGCAAAGGAAAAAGCAGGUACCUGUUUGCAGUGACUGGAAAUGGCUUAGCCAACCAGGCUAAUAACCCGGAGGUCCAAGUGGACACCAGCAAGCCAGACAUAGUGGUCCUCCGCCAGAUCAUGGCUCUGCGGGUUAUGACCAGUAAAAUGAAGAAUGCUUACAAUGGGAAUGAUGUGGACUUCUUUGAUAUCAGUGACGAAAGCAGUGGAGAAGGAAGUGGAAGUGGGUGUGAAUACCAGCAGUGCCCUUGGGAGUUGGAGUACAAUGCCACUGACUUUGCAGGGAAGAAUGCCAAUGAUAAAGCCGACAGUGCUGGGGCCCAUGCCUGUGCCCAGCCCUACCUCCUCACUCUCUUCUGCAUCUGUUUCCUAGUUAUGCAGAGAGAAUGGAGAUAAUUCUCAAAUGCUGAGAUUUAAAAAAAAAAAAAAGGGUUCAUUGUCAGAAAGUUAAAAGGCUCCAGAUAUAUCACUUUUCUACCAUCCUAGUGACUUUGCUUUUUAAAAAUGAAUGGACAACAAUGUACAGUUUUUACUACGUGGCCACUGGUUUUAAAAAAUGCUGACUUUUUUUUCUCUUUGAUUUAAUGGGAGGGGGGACAGAGGCACUCAUACAGAAAGAUGCUCUCUGUCCCUCCAAAUCAUGUUAAAUGUGGCUAACAGUUAGGUACAGAACUGUAGUUAGUUGUGUGUUUGUGACUUUAUCACUAUCAUUUGUUUGUUUGUUUUUUUCCCUCAUUUUGUUUGUGGGUGUGUUUUUUUCCUCCCAAUUAUGAUCUCACCUUGUUUCUUAUGAGAAAACCAGGGUCCUUUCUUGGCAUGUAACAUGUACGUAUUUCUGAAAUAUUAAAUAGCUGUACAGAAGCAGGUUUUAUUUAUCAUGUUAUCUUAUUAAAAGAAAAAGCCCAACAAGCCGUAAAAUUUCCAUUUAUCCCUGUUAUUUUACUAGCUGCCUUAUCUGCAAAGAAAUGGAGGUGAGAUGGGGUUUUUAUUGUUAUUAAUUGAACACAAUAGGCACUUGGACCUUCUGAGCCACUUGUACUUACAAUCUGAGCCACUUGUCAGAUUGUAGUCAAACAUCCAUACAACAAGAAGGGUAUAACUUUAUCACUGGUGACUGCAAGAGACUACAGAUGGCCCAUUUUGGUUGAGUUGGAUUGCAUAAGCUAAGAGUACAAUGUAGGUCCAUUUCUUAAAUCUGCUUAUACUGAAAGCGUACCUCCUCCGACUAAAAGAGUCUUGACAUAGACAGAAGGCAUUCAGGAUACAUCCAUUAUCACAUGAUCGUGCUUGCAUUUCAGAAUGUGUUGUGUUGUUUUUAAGCCAGGCUAGUUAGUCAGCCACUGUGUAUCAGUUUUCACAUCCAUGCUGCCCUGCUUUCAGUUUUUAUCCCAGUGGCAGCACUGAAUGACCAACAGUGGCAUCUGGUUCUCUGUAGCAGAGUGAGGCUGAUUUCAAACCCAGCCAUGUAAAGGAGCUAGCUAGAUGCUAGCCAGAAUUGGGGUACAGCUUUUGGGCUCAGGGAAUAGUUGUCAACUCUUGAAGCAAAGUUUCGGUCUAUUAUAUGUGCAUUUGCAUUGUUUCUAGAUCCCAGUUGUUAUUGUUGUUGUUGAUGUUGUUUUUCCUCCAAGAGAUGUGUCUGAGUGUUUUUCUUGCCCUGCCCACUCUGGUCAGUAAAGCAAAGGACUUGCAGUGAUUUGUAGGCGUGUGCUGCCUCUACCAGCCAAUCAGCUAAUUGUGGGAAGGGGAGAACAAGGUGUCCAGAUUUUUUCAUUUAUUAAUGGGGGGAGGGGCAAUGGGAGGAGAUAGAGCUGAGAAGACCCAUCUUAUCCCUGACCCUUAGCCACUUGCAUGAACUGGCUGGCAAUGGCAACGGGCCCUAUCUAUUGUUCUAGGCCAAAGACUGACAAUUGCCCCUUACAACCCCUUUCUUGGUGUCCUUACCAAAAGACAGCUCACAAAACACUGAGAAUGUAACAGAUUGCUUUCAAGGAGAUUCUUCAGAAAGACUAAAAUUCUGCAAGUGUCUUCCUAUUUUGGACAACCAUGGAGAUCCCAACCAAUUUUAUAGAACCAAAAAACCCUCCAGAGAGGUUGUUUGUGUUAUUGUUCACUUUUCAGUUGUAAGAAUAAUUCUCUAUUUUUAUAUUGAAACAUAAUUACUUGAUAGCUCAGGGUCUACAUUUCAUUCAGUUUUUUGUUGGUUUUUUUUUGUUGUUGUUGUUUUGUUUUAUUUUGUUUUUUUUUUUACACCAAAUUCUGCAGAAUGAUCAAAAUGGAAUCUUGGGGGCUGUUGUAAACAGAGGCUUGAUUUUAUUAGAAGUAGCCAGUUAUUUAUUAAAGCAUGAUGUUAAUAAAAUAGGCAUAUACUG